AUGAACGCCAUUCGCUCGCUCCCGCUCAUCAACAAGCAGGCUCGCCCUGCUACGCCCGUUCAAUCGAGCGUGGCCGUUUCCGGUUCGGCCGCCGUGCAGCCGCUGGGUCCCCCUCCCGUCCCUGCGUCUCGUGUGGCCACUCCCGCCGCCGCCCCCGGCGGUCUGGCCGCUCCUAAGAAGAACACCAGCCCUACCGGAUCUCGUCCCGCCACCCCUCGCAACUCUGUUGUUGGUCUGCCAGGCAGCGGUCCCGAGACUCCCCAGGGCGGCUACAUGGACGCUAUCGGUCUCCGCCUCGCCGACACGGUCAACAAGUCAUGCUCGGGCAUCGACUUCAAGGCCAAGAAGGGUGCCCGCAAGGGUGCUGGCUGGACGAUCGGUGAAGGCAUCGCAAAGGAGCUUCCUCCGCCUCCCGCGGACACGUACCUCCUCCGCGCUGUCCUUCGCACGGUGGUCCGCUCGCUGGCCAUCUACAUCAACCGUCUCGACUCGCUCCUUAUGCCUGCGCUGUCGGACGCCCAGUGGUCGGCCGCGUUCAACCUCACCUCGACCAUCACGCCCCUCAACCCUACCCAGCUGUUCGCGGUUUCAAUCGCCCACACUGCAUGGGAGACGUGCGAGAAGCUCGAGCAGGUUCUCGAGACGACUGCGUACCCUCGCUUCGUCGAGGACACGCUUCGUCCCAGCAUGGACAAGCUCGACUUCAUCGUCAGCAAGGUUGUUCGUCCCAUUCUCCUUGCUGUCAAGCUCGACCUUGAGGGCAGCCUUUCGCGCACCGACGGCGUGGCUCACAAGUCGCCUUCGGGCCCCUCCACCAUUCCGCUUGCCGACGUGCCCGUCACCAAGACCCUCAGCAACCCUCCUACUGCCCGCGUGACCAAGGAGCCCUCUGGCAGCGGCCACCCCCGCUCCAUUACGGUCCCUUGCUGCCUUCAGCAGUUCGCCAGCCGUGUAGAUGGUGCCCGCAAGGUCUUUGAGACUGUUGCCAAGCCAUGCGAGCACGACGGCGAGGGCUGGGUGGCCAAGGUUGUCGUGUCGGUCGUGUGGAAGGGCAUGCGCCUCAUUGGCGAGAACGAGCCCUGUGCGCCCCUCAGCCGCACCCCGAGCCCGACACACAUCGCCAAGGCUCUUACCGAGGUCAAGGACAAGGAGGGCCGCCCCACUGUGGCCCCGUCGCCCUCGCUGGCCAAGAUUACCCAGCUCUCCAUCCUGCCCUCGCGCGCCGCCUCGCGCGCCCCGUCGCCUCCUCGUGGCCCGGCCCACGACCCUGUCACCCACGCGCUGCUCUCCUUUGAGGGCCUGAUGAAGCGCCUCGUUGGCGGCCUUGUGCAGCCGCCAACGGCCGCGCCCACUGCGGUUGACAGCAGCGACCAGGAGGCCGAGCACAUUGCCCGCGAGGCAGUCUUCGAGGCCAUUGAGGCGCUCGAGUCUGCUGUUAUCGGCUCGGCCGCUCUCCACGGCCCCAACGGCGCCGAGCGCACCCUGGCCUCGGUCCGCCGCCUCCGCGACGACAUUGACAACGAGGAGGACGAGAAGCUCGAUGACGCCCUCGAGGACCUGCCGUCGGUCUCGCUCUUCAGCGCCAUCAUCCGCCGCACCAACGUUGCCCUAGGCCACGUCAACUACGUCAGCGAGAAGGGCGGUGCCACGACCCUUCGGAUCCGCGAGGCUGGCGAAAUCUGGGGCUGGACCAAGGCCGAGUACGAGCGCCAGGUUCUGUCUGGUUUCGGACCCGCCGAGGAGUGGGGACCUCGUGUUGCCAAGGCCCUCAAGCCCGAGGUCGAGCGCAUGCUCUCGACCCUCGCUGGCAUCACUGCUGGCGAGGCGCCCAAGGUUACGAAGGAGACAUCCGACGCGGCCGAGUGGGUGCGCGCGCUCGGUGUUGCCCUCGACGCGCGUGCGGGUGUCAAGGUUGUUGGCGCGACUUAG